AUGUUUGCCUUUGCCUAUGACUCUGGUCGACCUGAGCUGACUGAGCUCAUGCCGACGAGACUGACUGACGGCAAUGACGAUGGUGGCCACAAUGGCAACGAUGGCGGCAAUGACGAUGGCGGCAAUGACGAUGGCGGCAAUGACGAUGGCGGCAAUGACAAUGGCGGCAAUGGCGGCAAUGACGAUGGCGGCAAUGACAAUGGCGGCAACGAUGGCGACAACAAUGAUCGUUGCGGUCGUCAGCUUCGUCGGCUUGGCCAGCGGGCGGCUACAGUGGAUGAUCUGGUGGGGAAAGGGUGGAAAGGCUUUGGUCGGACGCCGCAGAUGCUGGAAAGAGAGCAUCUGUAUGUGCUUACCUCAGAGACCGGAUCUCGGCUGCAUGUGCUGUUUCGCAAGCUCGAUAGCAACUCCAUCCUCGCCCUCCUUUCACCGCAUCGCAUGUACCGGAUGCUGGAGCAGGUGGCAGACUUUGGAUGCGAGGUCUACGCCCGCGGCGGAGAGGAUGCGCUUCUGGCGGCAAUGGCAGCGGUCGUCGGCGCGCUCCCUGUUCCCCCGACACAGACCACUGUCGGGCUCACGGUUACUACUCGGGUUGGAUGCGAGCUCGCGCUCACUGUCGACUGCUGCGACGAGACCCGGCUCGGCCCGCUUCUCGCCGCGCUCGCUCCCUGCGACGUGGUCCAUCUAGUGACCUGCAUCCUCACGGAGACACCGAUUGUGUUCACAGCUAGCUCGAUGGCGCUGCUGCCGGCGGUCUCUGAGGCGCUGCUCUCGCUGGUGGCGCCGCUGGCGUGGCCGUUUGUCUACAUUCCCAUUCUCCCGCCAGACCUCCUCGACUGCGUUGAGGCGCCGACCCAGUUCAUCCUUGGCGUCCUUGACUCGGCGCUUGCUCACAAGAUCGCCGCCGAGGGCGUGGUCCUCGAUCCGUCGAUUGUUGUUGUCGACCUUGCACACGGCCGGCUCAGAGCCCGCCAGCCGACCCGCUACUGCGGUCUCGCGAGCAAGAGGGCGGCGGGCCUUGUGGCCCACCUCCGCGACGCAGGCCUCCCGCGGUCGAUCGCCGACGAUCACGCCAUCCGUGCCGUCUUCCACGACGAGCUCGUCGACAUCCUCAACGGCUACCGUGACCACUACGUGACUGACACGAGCGGGAGCGGGAGCGACGACGGCAACGAGCUGGUGUAUGACUUUCAAGGUUUUGUCACCUCGCGCGCGCCUCGCGACCGCGGCUUUGCACACGCACUCACCAACACCCAGAUGUUUUACCAGUUUGUGGCCGAUCGCGAGGCAGUCGAUGAGGUCAACGCGCCGCUUGCACCGCUUCGACUUGACUUGCAUGUCGCUGCCGGGUGCGGCGGCGAUGCUGGCCGCGACGCUGCGCGCCGCGCGCUCGUCUCCAGCCUCGCAACUUAUACCGUGCCGCAGGCCCAGCUCCUUUCGCACCUCGCUGUGCUGAGCCUCGAGGUCUCUGAGGCGCACGAUACCUCGCUUGUGACGCCCAUCCUUUCCAAGCUUGAGCAGCUCGCCGCCGACGUGCCGGCGCUCCUUGCCAGCGGACACGGAUACACGGCCGCGAGCGUGCUUGCGCCCCUCUACGCUGAGCUCAACGACAGUCGCGCGAGCGAGCUCGACGUCUCAGCAUCGUCCGCAGGUGGGCUCGGCCUCGCUGGGCCGAGUACCACAACGUCGCCAGUGUCGUCGGUAGCAAUGACGCUCUCCACGUCCAACGGGCUCAAGCACGUGCUCAACAUCCGCGGGGUUGCGGCGGCGGCGGCGGCUGUGGCGCUGGCGACUCACCGCCACGAGAUUGACGGCGAUGCCCACAGCGGCACGGCCGGGCUCGACGACUCGCUCGAGGCGCUGCCACCCAUGCCAGAGCAUGGAACGCCUGUCGCACUCGCGGCGUCACUAGUCCGACUGCUCAUCGGCAUGUUCAAGGGCGUUUGCACGCCCGAGCCAAGCACCGGGCGGCUGACGCUGACGUCGGCGCGGCUGGUCUCGCGAAGCUCGGGUGUAGCCAAGUCCGGCUCUUAUACCCGAGUCUGCCAGCUCACCGGCAAGCUUGUCAUGAUUGCCGACGACGAGCUUGUUGCGCUGAGCCACGACGAGCGUGCGGUCUUCUUCCUCAACCUCCACAACGCGCUCGCCAUGCACGCCUGCAUCGCAUUGCGAGCGCCGACGUCGUCGGCCGCGCGGGCAGCGUGGUCCAAGGCCGCGUACCUCGUCGGCUCGCAAGUCUUUAACCUGCUCGAGCUCGAGCACGCCGUCCUCCGUAACGCAUCGGCGCUGCCCUCGGUCCUCGGCGUCCCCUUUCUCCCGUGCCCCAAGUUCAAAGCCGGGGACGCCCGCGCUGCGUUUGCGCUCUCGGCUCCGGUCCGCUUUCUCGACUUUGGCCUCGCUGCAGCCACGCGAUCGUCGGCUCCGGUGAGAGUCUUUGACGUGCCCAGCUACCGCAAGGCUCUCCGCGCAGCCUUUGACGCCGAGCUUGCUGCCACGGCUCCAGUCCUCCCGCGAGUCCUCCAGUGGUACGGCCCCGACUACCACGGCGAAGAUAUCCUUUCCGGGCGGCUAGGCUGGGCCCGAUACGACUGGAGCUUUGGCUUUUGCUUCGAGUCUGAUCUGUGGUCCGCUGCCCCGUAG